GAAACGUAAAAAAUGAUUUGUUGUGUAAAAACGGUAAUAUCUGUCUCCAUCUGCUGGUCAUGUUUAUUAUUGUUCAUAAGUGAUUUUUGUUGUACGUUUAAAUGAUUAGCUAGACAGCUCUAGGGUAAAAAAGGGCAAAAAUGCAAUUGCACUAGCAAAGCUACUGCUGAUUGAACAAAGCAUUACGCUUUAUAGCCUUAUACAGCCUUAUAAGCCCUAGUCAAUCAAUCAAUAAUUUUUUUUAUUUAUAUAGCGCUUUUAAUAACACAGGUUGCAUCAAAGCACUACUGUCAAGCACAACUGCAAUAACAGAAACUCUCUCAAAUGACAAACGUAACUGAACAUUAAACAUUAACUAAUGUUUACCUUCACUCAACAACACAUGAGGUAGUUUCUGGAUGCAUUCUUCAGUUAGUUUAGAUAUAGCCAUCAAGUUCAGAAUUACUGGCUGAGUUGCAUAAAGCCUGAAGAUCUCCAAAAUUCUCCCUCAAAGUAUUUAUCAGACCUAGUGCACCCUGACUGCAAAAGAACUGAUUCUCUGCUUUAUUUCCUGCGACCUUCGCCACAUCCUGCAUCACAUUUAGCACGGGCUGCUGGAGGAUGAAACGUUUAGUUGAGACUUCUCCACUAAGAGUAGCCUCACAGCACUCCUGAUCAUUUCUUGAGAUGCUCUGACCUUUAACCGCUGCUUCACCUUAUCAAUCUCACUCUGAAUUUUAUUCAGCUCCGCAUCACACUCUUCAACCUCAUUAUGUAUGCUAGAGAUCCUGGACUGGUAAUCAGACACCUUCAUGCUGCUCUCUUUCACUCGAGACUCAUUUUCUUUAAGCUCGUCUUCAGCAUCACUGAUAGCCUUUGACGCCUCAUCAGUUGCACGUUCUCCUUCACAGAUCAUGAUUAUACCUAGAGAAAAAAAAGAACUAUCAGCCACAAAUUAUGUUAGUUUUUCCUCUUUAGGAUGAUAGCAGGGGUUUAAAAAUAUUUCUCACCAAGAAUCCAUCCAAUAAUUGGAAACAUUGCAAAUAUUGCCCCUGCAGUUUUUAACCCCCUCGCCUGUGAACUUCAUGCCUUGAUGCAUAUAGCAAGUCUGCUAACAUCUAAAAUAUGUCCAAAAUAUCCAGCAGCUGAUGAAUGUGGAGAGUGAGAAUGAUGCCACUGACUGGACAAAUCUGUAUGAUCAGAAAGAAAAAUGUGCAAAAGCUUAUUUCAUGGACAAACAGUUCAAAAGAAUCAGUGAUGAUUUAAAGAAAAUCCCUAAAUGCCCAGCAAAAGAAACAAGUUAUGAGUUUUUGAAAAAUGGGCAUUGAAAUAUGUGACCAGAUAUCAAUAUGUGCCCCAGAUGGCAAAUGUGACGAACAAAAUUCUAAAGAGACUAUAAAAGCAGUCUUAGAUCUGAUCGAGUCGGCUCAUAUUUUUUAUCGCAGAAGCAAAGACAAAACAUAUUUUCCAGCCAGUGCUCCAACACCACCAAUGAUGUUUAAAGAAGGAAAAACAUCAGAGAACAUAAGUGCUCCUCAGAGGGCCACAGAGACUGCACGAUUCAGGAUAGAGCAGAGCCGAGCUCCGCUAAACAAGACACAAGAGAAUUAUGAGAAGUGUCUGGAGAACCUAGAGAACAACGAGAAGGAACUAACUGAAAUCCUGGUAGCUCUAAAAAAUGGUAAACUGAAAGAGAUCGACUUCAAAACUACCAUACAGAUGCUGAUCAAAGGAAUGGAUGCCAUGGGGAGAGUGAAGGAGCAAUGGGAGAAGAUGGUUCGCUUCUUUCAGAUGGUUUCCAACAUUGUAAAAACCAGCCUGAGCACGACUCUCACAAACUUUGUCUCCACAUCAGAGAAAACACAAGCUCUCUCCUACAAUGCAAAGCUUUACUCAAAAGAUCUGCUCUACAUUCAAGCCUUCCAAGCCUGUAACAUUGCUAGUCUGGUCCAUAGGAUCUCUGAAACAUUAUUUCCAGCAAGUACCUGACGGAUCGUGUCAGUUCACUGGGUAAAUUAAUGGCCAUGUAAAAAACAAUUUGAGCGUGAGCGACUACUGCUUCAGAACGGCUGUGAUGAGGCACAGAAAAGCAUUUUACUGCUUGUCCUGAAAAAUAAAGAGGAGUUUGACAAAAACAGCAUAACAAGACAAGAAAAAAUGUAUAAAUAGUUGCUUGCCAUUCUGCCUGCUGCUCCUCCAGAACAAACCAAAAGAGUAUUCAAGAUGUUGUGCAAAUUGGAUUCAGUGAAGAAGAUGCAUCAUACAUCUAAGAAAAUCUACCAAUUAUGUUACAGGCCUGCUAGGAUUUAGGCUUUGCUGUCCAGUAGCAUGUAAUAUUCAAAGAGCUAAGCUUAGAUUGUAACAUCCAAAUGCCGUCUUAAAUUGUCUAAAACAUAUUAUCAUUUUAAUCAACAAACAAAUCAGAUUAAUUGAAAAUAAUUUUAACUGAACAUUCUCUCACAAGGAUAAAGGCAGUGUUUGCAGGAGUAUUAUCAUUAACAGAAGACACCUGAUUUUUUUUAAAAAAAGGUAUUUGAAACUGAAAGGUAUUAAAAACUGACAUUUUUAACACUCUAUUAAUGUAUGUGUGUAAGAGAUUUCAAAAGUAAAAAAAAAAGGUAUUGACCCUAAAUUGUUUCUGUAUUUAAACAACAUAAGUAUUUAACAUCAUAUAAGAUUAGUAUAUGUUCUGUUUAAAAAUAAUAUAAAAAACAUACUCUGAUUAUGCAUGAUCUUUAUGGAAAGUGGAAGUGACUUUUAUGCUUUUAAAUUUGUAGUUAGAAGAAAACUGAAAUGUUUUUGCUUUCUUUUUCUUUAAUAUUUAGGUUUUAAAAGCCUCUCAGUUAGCUGUGCAUGAUCAUUUUUUUCUUGACUGAAGAAUCUGUUAGUUUUUCCAUGCAUUUAUGUUAUGGAAUGCCUCCUUACUGAAUACGAUAUUAAAAAAUAGUACUGCUACUCAACUAGUAACUGUUGAUUUGUCAUAUGUCUGCUUGUAUUUGACUUUGAUGUAUUUUGUACAAUUAAAAGACCUUCCACUCCUUUG